AUGAGGCUCUCUUGCCUGUUCCUAGGCAUUGCUCUUUUAACGCUAAGUGUCAGGGCACUAAAACUGGAGCAACAGCAGCAACAUCAGCAGCAGCAGCAGAAGGAUUUGAGCCACAGUAGGUGGGACGACCACUUGCAUACGGAUCUUCGUCCACAUCGACGCAAUAAAAUCUCCGACUCCAGAACCCGGACUCAGAUGCGAAGGGAGAAAAACAGGCGACCCACCACCAGCCAGGAGGAGGCGGAUGAGGAGGAGGGAACCGACUGGAUCGACGUGGAUAUCAGCGAUGGUGAUGACCAUCCCAAACUGGCUCUGCAUCUUGCCACAGCGAUCUCUGCUCCCCAUGAUAUUUUCACGUGCUGCAACCAGGUCUUUGGCUCAUGUCGCACAGCAUGCGAGAACAUAUCUUUGAUUCAAUUGGAGUCUACCAAUGCACGCGAGGAGCCACGCACGGAAUUGAGAAAGUAUUGUGAGGUGCAUCAACUAGAUUUUUGGAGCUGUGUGAAUCGCACACUUGAAGCGGUUGACAGAGGUAAAUCAUGGUCCGGCCGUCGAUGCUGCCAAGUGGCCGUUCUACCAAAGUGCAAAAACUCCUGCGCAACUGCGGCGGCCAGCAACGAGCUGAUUGAAGUCUGCCGGCGCAGCGAUGAGCAAGUGCUCUACGAUUGCUUUGAGCACCAGGAGGCAGCUGACAGUUGCUGUGGGAAGGCGCGCACCUCUGAGUGCCUGCAGGUAAUUAAUAUGCAAUAAAUAAGACGCAAUGCCU